UCUACUGGACGUCGACCGUUUGUCGAAGUUUUUGUCAACUCGGCUGCAGUUAUACGUUUGGCUAUUAUGACGGAUGAUCUACGUAUUAAAAUCAUUCAGUGUCAAUUAUAGGCGUGAUGUGGUUGCUGGUUUCGAUUGAUAUUUUGAAAAUAUAAGAAACCCGUUCGGCGAUGCAGUAUUUUUUGACAAGUUGUAAUUCGCAAGCUGUUGUCGCUGUGGAUUGCUCGUCACAUAGCGACAAGGAAGCCGAAUUAACGCCCGAAAAACUGCCUCGAGCGCCUAGCGAGCGAAAACGCAAGCGGAAGCUGGAUGACAGCGGAGCACAAAACUCUAACUCUAUUGUGACAUCGGCGGGCGGCGUUGUAGGACCUCUGGUUGUGUCAGGUGGCAUUAUCCCCAUCGCCUCACAACCGCUGGUCGGACAGCCGCUAACGGGAGUCACUAAAGGAUCUAGGGGCCAAAAUAAUGAUAACAAGAAAAUCAACGAAUACUUCCAAAAACAUCCCGGUAGCAGUCCGAUUAGGCAGCAUACGCCGGGCGCCAAGAGUCCCUCGCCACAACAAGCCUAUCCAAUGUUUCCUCCAAGUCCGCAACCGUUGCUGCCUUCAGGAGUUCCUGGACCACCAGAUUUUUAUAAAUCUGCUCCUGGGCGGCCUCAAUCCAUCCCCAAUCUUGCAGUAUCUGCAAUGCCUCCAAUGGCACCCAAAUUAAUACAGACUGAUUUAACUUGUCAUCGAAUACAGGAAUUUGAGACGCAAACUUCUACGGACUUGGAAGCUCGUAACAAUAAAAUUGAAGAUCAGAAUAGGACCAUAGAAGAGCAGAAACAACAAAUUGUAACUCUGCAAAAGGCUUUAGAACAACAUAAGUCGCACAGUAAUAAAUGUGUUGAUGUUGUCAAAAAAUUAUUAAAAGAAAAGUCAAAUAUAGAAAAGAAAGAAGCGAGACAGAGGUGCAUGCAAAACAGGUUAAGGUUAGGACAAUUUGUGACACAAAGGGUUGGUGCUACAUUUCAAGAAAACUGGACGGACGGCUAUGCUUUUCAAGAAUUGCAAAGGCGGCAAGAAGAAAUAACGGCAGAGCGGGAAGAAAUAGAUAGGCAAAAGAAAUUAUUGUCAAAAAAGCGACCUCCAAAUACUGACACUAGUCGAAAGAGACAUAAUUCAUCUACAACUGCAGCAAAUUUACAACAAACCUCCGCAGGAUUAUUAAAUGGUAGUGAAUCUCAGUCACAAAAUCAAUUUCUGAAACCAGAUCCUGUACCAGGAGGAUUCUCUUGGCAGGAAUAUUAUGAAAGCGAUGAGAUCCUCAAAUUAAGACAAAGUGCUCUCAAAAAAGAAGAUGCUGAUCUUCAAUUAGAAAUGGAAAAGUUGGAAAGAGAAAGAAAUUUACACAUUCGUGAACUCAAGCGUAUUCAUAAUGAAGAUCAAUCGCGUUUCAACUCUCAUCCCGUACUCAAUGAAAGAUAUUUAUUGUUGAUGUUAUUAGGAAAAGGUGGAUUUUCAGAAGUACACAAAGCAUUUGACCUUAAAGAACAAAGAUAUGUUGCAUGUAAAGUUCACCAAUUGAAUAAAGACUGGAAGGAAGAUAAGAAAGCCAAUUACAUAAAGCAUGCACUUCGGGAAUAUAAUAUUCAUAAGGCCUUAGAUCAUCCAAGGGUUGUUAAAUUAUAUGAUGUUUUUGAAAUAGAUGCCAAUUCAUUUUGUACUGUGUUGGAAUACUGUGAUGGUCAUGAUUUAGAUUUUUAUUUGAAACAGCACAAGACUAUACCAGAAAGGGAAGCUCGAUCAAUAGUCAUGCAAGUAGUUUCGGCAUUAAAAUAUUUGAAUGAAAUCAAGCCGCCUGUAAUACAUUAUGAUUUAAAACCUGGAAACAUUCUAUUAACGGAAGGUAAUGUCUGUGGUGAAAUCAAAAUUACUGAUUUUGGUUUAUCUAAAGUCAUGGAUGAAGAAAAUUACAAUCCAGAUCAUGGGAUGGAUCUAACAUCUCAAGGAGCUGGAACAUACUGGUAUUUACCUCCUGAAUGUUUUGUUGUUGGCAAAAAUCCUCCUAAAAUAUCAUCAAAGGUCGACGUCUGGAGUGUAGGUGUAAUAUUUUAUCAAUGUCUUUAUGGAAAGAAGCCAUUUGGACACAAUCAAUCACAAGCUACAAUUUUAGAAGAAAAUACUAUACUUAAGGCGACUGAUGUUCAAUUUGCAAACAAACCCACUGUGACGCAAGAAGCAAAGAGUUUUAUUCGGGGUUGUUUAUCAUAUAGUAAAGAGAGUAGGAUGGAUGUGCUGUCAUUAUCAAGACAUGAAUAUCUGCAACCACCAGUGCCAAAGCAUGGACGACAGGCACAAGUUUCACAACAAGCGCAGCAGGCCCAAGCGCAAGCUCAACAGAGCUUGCAACAUGGACAAACUACUUUCAAUGCGGGAAUGUUUGGCAACAUGAAUGCUUCGAGUUCAUCUUAGAAGUCGAAAGGGAUUCAUUGCUGAUAGUCAUAAAAUUCUCCCAAAAGUAGUGUCAACUUGUUAUCAUACUGUUAUAAUGUAUGUGGAGUACAUUUAGCUGAAAGUGCGAUUUUUGUGAUUCUUUAAUAAAACUAAUGAAAUGGAUACUAGUGCUAUGAAUAUUGGUGUGCGGUGGUGUUUUAUCAAAUCGACAAAAUUUGUUCCUGUUUUUAUUAGAAGGCUGUCUGAAAUGAUAGCUUAUGUUGAAAAAAUUGUGAUAAUCAAUAUAGCGUUGCUUUACUGAUGAAAUGUAAUGUUUACAUCUCAUUUUGCAGUGACUAACUUUUGGAAUAUUGUAAGUUCAUAUUAAGGAACAGAGAAAGAUUGAUAUCUUUAUCAUAUCCUGAAGAUGUGUUUGAGUGAAUGAAUUAUUUAUAUUUGAGGACUCUGUGGAAUAGUAAUAUAACUAAGAAAAACGCUCAACCAUAGUGUGCUUGCUUAAUAUUAAUUAAUUUAAACAUGAAAUAAAGAAAAGACUUUAUAAUUGUUAUGAUCAG